AUGGCACGCACCAUGCACGCUCCCAAAACCCCCGAGCAGAUCAAAGAAGAGCUGGAGACUCAAUUUUUGUCACCACCUACCACAUUCACUCCCGAGUGGCUGAACAAGCUGCAGCAACGCUGGGACUACCCGUCGUCCAAUUACGCAGAGCUGUGCCAAUUGGCCCCCACCCAGUCUAGGACAGUCACUCGCUUUGACCGCAAAGGCCUUGAAGGGAAGGUUGCCGCCUACCGCCAGGUCACAGUGCCCGCCUCAGGUGCCACAGCAAAGAAUUCUACGUCACUUCUUCGGCGACCAGCAAACAGAUCAGAGUUUGUGCGGGGAGCAGCCGGCUUUUUCCCUUUUGCGCCUGGUGGACUGGAUGGGGUUGAUACCAUUCAAGCUUACGAAGACCAAGCGAGACGAGAGGAAGAAAACAGACGGCCGACAAAAAAGGGGAAUGGGCUCGCUCGAAUCAUCAAUUUUGGAGUCCACGAUGGCCUGCUGGAAUUGCCUCCCGGGUUCACGAGGGGCAUGAAAUUUCCUGAGAAGAAAUCUACCGAAGCCCAAGAAGAUGCAGAAGACGUGGAAAAAACACUGGAAGCUGAUGAUGAAGCUAAGGUCAGCCCUACAGCGGAUGAGCGCAGUGCAGAGGAGACUGCUGCGUCGGAGGAUGGGGCUUCAAUCGUGGAAGAAGAUGACGACGACGAAGAAGAAGAAUAUGCCGACCUUGACGAUCUAUUACCAGUAGAAUUCCCGUCCCUAGAGCCCCGUGGAGAAUUGCUGCGAGGAAAUGCCAAAGUCCCAGGGAAAAAAUGGGCUCAUGUGGUUGACAUCAACAAGGCCAUCCCAAACUUCGCAGAAUUGGUCCCUGACAUGGCGCGGACGUGGCCUUUUGAACUCGACACGUUUCAGAAAGAGGCAAUCUAUCAUCUGGAAAGCGGCGACUCGGUGUUUGUCGCGGCCCACACCUCGGCGGGCAAGACUGUCGUUGCAGAAUAUGCCAUCGCCCUGGCUGCGAAGCAUAUGACCAAGGCCAUCUACACCUCCCCUAUCAAGGCCCUGUCUAAUCAAAAAUUCCGCGAUUUUAAGAACGUCUUUGAUGAUGUGGGUAUAUUGACUGGCGAUGUCCAAAUCAACCCAGAAGCGAGUUGCCUUAUUAUGACCACAGAAAUUUUGCGUAGCAUGCUCUAUCGUGGUGCAGACCUCAUUCGAGAUGUGGAGUUUGUCAUUUUCGAUGAAGUGCAUUAUGUCAAUGACCUCGAGCGAGGCGUUGUCUGGGAAGAGGUUAUUAUCAUGUUACCCGAUCAUGUCACACUUAUCCUACUUUCAGCCACCGUCCCCAACACCUACGAGUUUGCUUCGUGGGUCGGUCGCACCAAGAAAAAGGACAUAUACGUCAUCUCCACACCCAAGAGACCUGUGCCGCUGGAGCAUUAUCUGUGGGCGGGCAAAGAGAUACACAAGAUCGUGGAUUCAGAGAAACGAUUCAUUCAGAAAGGCUGGAAAGCAGCGAACGACAUCUUGUCAGGACUUGAUAAAAUUAAAGAGCAGAAAGCCAUCGAAGCCCAAGCGCCUGCUCGCGGAGGACAAGCGGCAGGACAGCGAGGGGGUGGCCGAACUCAACCUCAACGUGGCGCGUCGAACCAAAGAGGUGGCGCACAGCAGCGUGGUCGAGGACCCGUUCCAAGCCGCGGUCAAGGCAAUAUCGCACGAACAGGACGCGGUGGGGGCAGAACGACGGCAGCUCAGGACCGAAACAUCUGGGUCCAUCUCGUCCAAUUUCUGCGAAAAGAGAACCUCCUGCCGGCCUGCAUCUUCGUCUUCUCGAAAAAGAGGUGCGAAGAGAACGCUGACUCCCUCUCCAACCAAGACUUCUGCACCGCCGCAGAGAAGAGUGCCAUCCACAUGAUCAUCGAACGGUCAAUCGCAAGACUCAGACCUGAGGACCGGGUGUUGCCGCAAAUCAGACGCCUGCGAGAGAUGCUGGGCCGCGGUGUCGCCGUCCAUCACGGAGGUCUGCUGCCCAUUGUGAAAGAAAUUGUCGAGAUUCUUUUCGCGAAGACUCUGGUGAAGGUGCUAUUCGCAACGGAAACUUUUGCUAUGGGCCUGAAUCUUCCUACGCGAACAGUGGUUUUCUCGGGGUAUCGCAAGCAUGACGGUCGCGAAUUUCGAAAUCUGCUUCCUGGUGAGUAUACUCAAAUGGCUGGCCGGGCCGGACGCCGAGGUCUUGAUACCGUUGGGACUGUCAUUAUUGUGACGCCAGGCAAGAACGAGGCACCUUCGGCGUCAGAAUUGACCCAGAUGAUCACUGGGCCCGCCACAAAAUUACGCAGCCAAUUUAGACUGCAUUACAACAUGAUUCUGAACCUCAUGCGGGUCGAGGCCCUGAAGAUUGAGGAAAUGAUCAAGCGCAGCUUCUCGGAGAAUGCUACACAAGCACUACUACCUCAGCACCAGGAGCAAGUCGCGUUGUCCCAGGCAAAUCUGGACAAGAUCAAGCGAGAACCUUGUGACAUAUGCGAUAUCGAUGCAGAAGCCUGUCAUGAAGCAGCCAUGCAAUUCGAACGGCUAACCAAGGAACUCCACGUCAGCUUGCUGUCUUCACCGGUCGGACGGCGCCUGUGGACUGCUAAGAGACUAAUAGUGUUCAAAAAAGAUGGUAUCCGCAUGGUCGGAGUGCUCCUCGAAGACGGGGUGCGCGCCGGGCCAAAUCGAGGGCUCAAAGUUCUUGAAAUAUCACACAUUGACGCAAAGCGGUCGACACGAGAUCUGCUUCCAUAUCUACCCCGUGUGCGCAUGAUGUUCUCUGCUCUACCCGAAAAGGCUUCCCAGGUCAAAUGGCGGAUGACCCAGAUUGGAUUGGACGAUGUGGAAUGUGUUACCCAGACGGUUGUCAAGGUCGAUGUGCGGUCGUUGCUACAGUCCUACGGUGCGCAACGGGAAUUCGCCGAAGAAGAAUUCGUCAACGUCUAUUCUAGCUGGGAUUCAGCCGUGUGGGACGAGCAAGAAUGGAGCAAGGUGCAUGAAUUGCAUAUCCGCGAUCUGCUGCUCAAGAGGAACGAGGCUGCACGGAUUUUUGAGAACAGUCAAUGCCUGCAGUGUCCCCAGUUCUUGAAGCACUACGGCAUGCAGCACGACGAGUGGCUGAUCCAGGAAAACAUCCAAUCCUUGAAAAUGCUGAUGUCUGACCAGAACUUGUCACUGCUGCCCGAUUAUCAGCAGAGAACUGCUGUGUUAAAAGAUCUCGGGUUCAUCGACGAACAGUCUCGCGUCCAGCUGAAGGGCAAAGUCGCGUGCGAGAUCCACUCGGGCGACGAGCUUGUAAUCACUGAACUCAUUCUAGAGAACGUGCUCGCCUCGUUCGAGCCUGAAGAAAUUGUGGCACUUCUUUCCUCGUUUGUCUUUCAAGAAAAGACGGAUAGCGAGCCACAACUCAGUGGGAACCUUGAACGUGGCAAAGAAGCCAUCAUCGAAAUCUCCGAGAGGGUCAACCACUACCAGAUCCUGCACCAAGUGAUCCUCUCUUCGGACGAUGCCAAUGACUUUGUCUCGAGACAACGAUUUGGACUGGUGGAAGUGGUCUACGAAUGGGCCAGGGGCAUGUCAUUCAACCGCAUUACUGAUCUGACAGACGUGAUGGAGGGCACCAUUGUCAGAGUUAUCACGAGGCUGGAUGAGACGUGCAGGGAAGUGAUGAGUGCAGCCAGGCUGAUAGGAGAUCCCUCGCUGUAUGCCAAGAUGGACAAGGCGAGAGAGUUGAUCCGGCGAGAUGUGGUGUUUACGGCGAGCUUGUACAUGUAA